AUGGGUCAGAUCAAGAUGGAGACCUGUAGCCGCUGCCGGGAACGGUGGUUCGCGAUGGAUCUAAAGGGUGAAGUCUGCCACGCCUGCUUCUUGCGAGAUAAGGGCAGCAAAACACCCUUCCUCAUGUCCGCGGAGAACGAAAUGGACCCAGGAGAGCUCCCGGCCCACCUGCCAGAGCUUACACAAGUAGAAGAGAUGAUCAUCGCCCGGUCCCAUGUGCAGAUGAUGGUCCACCGCUACCGUGGCCACCAGUACCACUACUCGGGACACUGUAUAUCGUGA